CAUAUUGCUUCAUACAAUGGUUUGGUAGGUAGGAAGAUACCUCAGGGUACAUAGAGGAUAUACAUAUUACAAAUUCGAUAUUCAUACACAUCAUUCACUUUGCUGGCCAGAAAGGCUUCUACAUCUUCCUGAAAGCUAAACCAUUCAGGCUCAUAAAAAACGAUACAAGAGUGCAACAUGGCAGGCCACGAAUUCUCUCCCGCCAAAAUUAUAUCCCUCGCAACAUCCUUCGAAGGCUCAUCUUUCCUGCAGGCCUUUCAUGAUGAGUCAGCACAGCAAUUGGUGGUCCAAUUUAGCAGACAUAUAGUAGCUCAGUCGCUUGAGAAGCAAACGGACCAUGAUUCCGUCUCAGGGACGAUCAAUGGGACCUAUGAUACCACACUAGCCAUUCGCCUAGGGUUUGCAUCUCUGAAUGCUUUCCUGCAAGCAAAUGUUACAGGCCCGGUCCUCGAAAAUCCUGGGGCAGUCCAAGACAUCUUCAUCUCAGGCCUUGCAAAGGCAGAAACAGAGGCGGAGUCUUCAGGCGAUUUAGUAAAUCGAAUAGAACCAGCCAGUGGAGAGGCGGCGAUAGCUCAUCUCAGGAGGCUUUGCCUUAGAUCGCUCGAUGUAGAUGGUGUUUCCCCCUAUCCAUAUAUACCCUACGUUGAGCUCUUUUGCCUGUCGCGGUUCAUCUUUACAUCAAAUAUUAUACUACCAACCAAGUCGCCUGAAACCGGUUCUGGCCCCAAACAAUCACUAUCUUCAUAUUUAUCCUGGACUCGGCUUAGAAUUCACCUUUGGCAUUACAAACUUAUAUCGCAACCAUCUUUAGGACCGGGGUCUCUUUUUACGAAGAGUGGUCGUUGGACUGAUGUGCCCACCCUUCAGGAGGUCAUUGAGACGAGCCUCUUAGAAGCAGAGACUUCUAUGGUGGGCUCAGUUGAAAAUGAUGGAAACCCGGAACAGUCCCAGUGGCCCCGUGAUUCACGCAUUCAGUUUCGCUUAGAGGAAGCAGCCUGCCACGUCAUGCUUGGAAAUGACACAAAAGCUAGACAAAGCCUGAAAAGAGCUACUGAACUGAGUGGCUUUGUAUACGCCCUUUCUGGCGCACUUGGGAAGCGUACCAAGUUCCAGGAGAAGAAUGUCAGCCAACUGAUUGUACUGGCAAAGAGUCUCUCCGUAGCACCCAUAUCGCCCAACCAAGACCAUGAGUCGGAGGCAACACCAGUUGCACUACCACUAAAUGAUGAUACUUUGCUAGAGAAAAUCAAGUUUGAUGAUUCCCAAACGGACGGGGGGUUUACCUCUCUCCCCCAAGAGCUACAGGGCGUCAAACCAGAAGAUCAGCCACAACUUCGUCCAGAGGACCAUAUCAUUUUACUAGCAGAAGCUACUAUAAGGGAUACAUUCUCUCCUUCAGAUUCAUUGACCUUGGAAGAAAUCUUGCCCUUUGCCCUUCGUGUAAUCGAUGACAAAUCUACCAAUUGGCAAAUUUACACCCAAGCUUUAUUGACAAGGUCUCGAAUUGAACUCAAUAGAAGUCGAACCGUCGAGCGUGCGGUACUACAAUUACAAGCUCUGGUGGACCAAGUGAUUGUUGACACACAAGAGGUAAUCCGUUCUCCGAUCAAUGGUGAGGAUGAUUCAAAGACCGAAUCAAAUAUACCCAGCAUCCAAGUCACCCCCGAGCACCAGACAGGCGCCUCCACGAAUCCCCAAAAGCCAACAUCAUUUCUCCCCGUCGCCAAAGCCUCCGAGUUAGCGUCUCCACAGGAAAGACUACAAUACGUCAACGCAUUAUCUUCCCCUCCGCGCUGGCAUCUCGAGUCUGAGCUUGCCUAUGCCUGGACUUCAGUUGGGUCCUUGGUCUCGGCCUUAGAGAUCUUCAAACGAUUACGUCUUUGGCCUGAAGUUGCGCUUUGCCUAGCUAGUAGCGCAGCGGCCGGUGACCAGGAUGGCCGAGGAAGCGGAGGCGAAGAAAAGGCUCGAGCAGUUGUCAGAUGGAGGCUGUUUCACCAGACUCCUAAUGAUGACAAUUCUUCUAUUAUGGGAGACUCCAUAGAGGGCAAGGAUGAUUUGGAAGAUGCUGAGGUUGAUAUCUCUGCUCUAAAAGCAUCCAAUUUCAGCGGCCCCGAACGUUCACCGCCUCCCCCAAAUGCUCCCCGACUGUUCUGCAUUCUGGGUGAUAUCGAGAACGACCCCCAGCACUACCAGCGGGCUUGGGAGAUCUCCAACCGACGCUUUGCGAGGGCGCAGAGGUCGCUCGGCGAGCUCCAUUUACGAAAAAACGAAUGGAAAGAAGCUCGAGAUGCGUACCUACUCGCUGUCGGGGUUAAUAGACUAAACCCUGAGAUGUGGAACAGACUGGGUGAUAUCGAGUUGCGUCUUGGUAAUUUCCCCAGAGCAGCCGAGGCGUUUCAAAGAGCCAUCUCGACGGCGAACAAUGUCUCUGGGGGAGAAGAUGCGCGAACAUGGAGCAACCUCGGGACCGCCUUUCUAAGCUGGCACCGUCAGGUCGUCCAGGAGAAAAAGGAUCACCAAGACAAGCUCAAGAAUGAUGAUCCGGUAGCCUUGGAAGAUAUGGUCAACACGAAGGAAGCAGCUGAAUCAGGAAAGUCGGCUCAAAAGCUAUUGCUUGACUCUCUAGUGGCUUUCAAGCGUGGAGCUACACUGGCCGACUCGAAUUGGAGGAUUUGGGAUAACGUGAUUACCCUCGCAGCAAGCCUAUCACCCAGUCCUGAUUUAGACGACGUAGUUCUUGGUGUGAGAAACGUGAUCCGAAUUCGCAAGGUGGAAGAGACGCUAGAUCUUGACAUACUAACCCUGCUUGUCAGGGAGGUCACCAAAACACCUGUAGUAGUAGCGAAUGGCGAUGGAGAUACCGAGGGUCUCUACGAAGUGGCACGGGGUACGAUAGAAAGCAAAGUCGUAUCGCUGUUCGAAAACGAUGUCGUGCCUCUUAUAACGACUAACUCUGCCUGCUGGUCCCUAGUAUCGCGACUACGCGCCUGGAGGAGGGAUUGGGCGGGUGCGAUAGACGCGGCAGAGAAGGCGUGGCGGACGGCCUUGGGUAGUGUAGGGAGUGCAUUGUCUGCAUCGAAUGGGACACGAGGAGGGUUAGGGAGCUGGCUUAUAGAUCCCGAGGCAUGGGACAGCUUGGUACAGAGGACAUCGGAGUUGGUCGCCGCGUACGAGAACUAUGGGUCCCGCGUGGAAAGCAUUGGGAGUAGAUGGAAAGGAAAGGCUAGGAGCGCUGUACGAAGCGUCAUGGGAAAGGCAAAGGAGGCGUGGGAGGGAGAUAGUAGGUGGCACAUUCUAGAGGAUAUGAUGGAUGAUUUGAAACUAUGAACCUGUGAGUAUACCUUAAAAAGCAUCGUGGCUCAGAUGGAAUAGAGUAGGUUCACAUUACAAAUUAGAAGAAAUAAUGGCACAAAGGAUGUGGCAAACAUAAUACCCAAGGAUACUAGGUACGUAAGGCAGAUACCCUGAUAUCUGGAAACUAUCGGUAUUGACUUUGU